AUUUUUGUCUUCAGCACACCCACUGGGGUGGAGACACCUGAUGUUAUUGACCUUCGAAAGCAACAGAGGAAGGAACCUGAAAGGCCUCUUUAUCAAGUCCUUGAAGAAAAGGAGGAAAAACUUGCUCCCGGAACUUUGCUUGGAACUACACACACGUAUGUGGUUGGCACUGGCACCCAGGAAAAGUCAGGGGCUAAAAGGGUGGACUUGCUUAAAGGUCAAAAGUCAGAUAAAGUGGAUGUCACUUUACUGCCAGAGGAGUUGGAUGCCAUGGAGAAUGUUUUACCUGCAAAGUAUGAAGAAGCAAGGGAGGAAGAGAAGUUACGGAGUCAGCGCGAGGAUUUCAGUGACAUGGUUGCUGAGAAUGAGAAGAAGAGGAAGAGAAAGAUGCAAGAAAAGGAUGGCAAGUCCAAGAAGAAAGACUUCAAGUUUUAAGGUUGUUCUGUUUCUCUUUAUUUUGCUGGUAAAUGGAAGACCUGGAGUUUAUCUAUUCAUCUAUUCGUCUUUUUCUAUGAGCUGCAGAGGAUUGGUUUUUAGCUGUGUUUUAUCACAUAUGUAUAAUGUUUGUCUGCAAGUUUUUAUGUUUUGGAUAGGAAUAUACUAAUGUAAUAAUACGAUGAAAACCUUAUAGAGCUGUGUCAGAUGCUUUAGUUGGAAAUUCAAUACAAUGCAUCAUUAUUAAAAAUUCAUUAAUGAGGCAGAUACUUUGGAUGGUUAA